CGCCUCGCAAAUCCCUUUUAGCCGCCUAAGAAGUUACUUACUCAAAUAAAUAAAUAAAAAACUCAAAGGAUUGUUUACACAGAGUUUCUGUGACUGUGCACAGCUUGUGAAAUGAGCCCAUGCAAGGUAUUCUUCGCAGUCCGGUUUGCAAUAGCGACGGGCCACAUCAACUGCCUUCUCUCCAAGGAAGUUGGUGGCUUGUAAAUCAGCGUUGAGCUCAACCAGAGUUUUCAAUGUGUCCAGCUGACCCCACAUGGCAGAAGAAUGCAAUGAUUAUUAUCUUUCAAGACUGUGGAUGAGAAAAGGGAGACGAGCGGAGACGCAAACCUGAGGUGUCAUACUCCGUUGACUCACUGUGAAGACUGACAAGAACUUACUGUACAGACAGAUUUCUCCAUCAUGGCCAACAAACCUCUCCCACUAUCUCAGGAGAUUUUAGCUCAGUUCAAUCUUUCCCUGGCCACAGGAUCAUGUGUCCCUGGACCCCCGAGACGACGGCUGGGCUCCAUCUCCACUCACCGCAGCUCCAAAGAGCAACCUAAAGACCAGCCGCUCCACAGACCGAUGCUCCUCAGGGCCAUGACAGGCCCUUCAUCCGACUCAUCCUUCUUGAGCCCCAACAUGAGCAAUUCUCACAUCUCCUUCAGCAAGCGCUUCUCAUUUGCCGGCUGGCACCAGGGAGGAAGAGUAAGUUUCUCUGGUUUGUACCUUCCUGAACCCGUCCAGGAGAUCUACAAGGAGAACACCUACCGAACGGGACCGGAGGAGGGCAGCCGUUUCAGCGCCAGCAGGACCCAGCAGAUCACACAGGCCACUUUAGACCGUUAUUUGGAAGCUGUAUGUUACAGUCCUGACAGUUGUAGCCAGCUGUGUCAGAUGUUAUCAGAUUUAGUGCUCAGUAAGCUGAAGGACGUCAACCCUCCGCGCUAUAAACUUGUUUGUCAGGUGGUGGUCGGGCAGAGCGGUAAACAGGGUGUAAGGGUGGCCAGCCGCAGUUUGCUCAACGUAGACACUGACAGCUACACAUCCGCUGUUUUUCAAAACCAAUCGCUGUUUGCUGUGGCUAUAGUACAUGGUGUUUACUUUGAAUGAAAGGGAUUGAAAACCACAACAUUUAAUCAACAACUUGCAUAGAACAUGUGCAACUGUUAAGUCUUAGGCAUACUGUUAUUUUAUUAAUAGACCACUUCGGAAAGAACACUGGUGAAAUGGUAGUCCAGAAGAACUUCCCUUUUCAAGUUUCUAACACUAUACAGACAGUUAAACUAAAUACAAACAACAGCAUAUUUAAUAUGUAUAUAAAAACUGAAACCGGAAGUGCUUCUGGACCAUCUGUUUCUUGUGGUCUAUACAGCUACGGAAUUAAGAGACCAUUCCAAAUUUUCAUUUAAUCAGCAUUUCUAGAUGUAUUGUGGUCAUUCCAGUCCAGUGUCUGUUCAACAAAAUCAAACCUCAGGAGUGACAAAGUCAUCCAACAGCAAUGUAAAAGACCGACAGCAUGACAAGACACACGAAAACCGUAGUAAUAAUCAAGGUGAUCACAUAAAAAUGUUUUUAACUUUUCCUAAAUACAUGUACAAAUAUUAAUGUUGCAUUCCUUAAAAGUGAACAAGUGAACUUGUUUUCUUUGCAGUAUUUGAGAUCUGAAAUAAUACAGAGCAUCUUUUGUUACUUUGACCCGUUUCUGCAGUUUUCAUUUUCCACAAAUAAACGCAAAUAGAAACAAUAUGUUUAUUUAAAAUUUGGGAGAAAUAUUGUUAGUAGUUAACAAAAUGACCAAUCCCUACAUACCAAUAAAUUCAGACAAACUGAAAUGGUCUUCGAAAUGGAUGUAUACGUAUAUACAGAACUUAUGUUGUCACUA